AAAAAAAAAAAAACAACUUCCGGAAAUAGAAAUGGAGCGUUCUUUCAUUUUCAUUUUUGGUAGGACGUCUGUAGUCAACGGUCCUUCUCGAUAGAGAAAUCCUUACAAAUUUAACCCUGUUCGUUCUCACGUCGCGCACAGCAACGUGCCAAACUCAGUAACGUCGUUUUGAAAUGCUGUGUAAAUGUGCAGCGCUGGCUUUAAGGGCGCUGCGGCCUGCGCGUCCUCGGUGUAGAGUAUUAACGCUGCCUGCUUUAAGCGACACUGUAUCGGGCAGCGGAACGUCCCGGUCACGGUGGACGUGCGAACGGGAAUCAAGUAACUCCGCUUGGAAUUCCAAGGUUCCUCAGGCACCCACAUGGGAACCCAUAGCAGAAAGUCAACUUUCGCCGCCAAUAAAAGUCUCACCGGAUCUAGUGGACAAGUUGGAGAGAUUAGCCCUUGUUGACUUUGGCAGUAAAGAAGGGGUGGACAGUCUGGAGAAAGCCAUUCGAUUCGCCGAUCAGCUUCAUGUCGUUAAUACUGACGGUGUGGAGCCGAUGGAUUCAGUUCUGGAGGACAGAGAGCUGUAUUUCAGAGAUGAUACGGUAACGGAGGGGAAGUGCGAAGCGCUGCUCCAGCUGGCCAAACACACAGUAGAGGGGUACUUCGUUGCACCUCCGGGGAACAUCCCACUGCCUAAGAGACAAGAGAGAUCUGCUAUGUUUAAACACUCUGAAUUUUGACUGACAUGUAACACUGGAUCUGACUUGCGUUAUAAUAAAUAUUUAUUUCUA